AUGACUAUUACAUUAGAUAGCCUUAAUGAGCAAAAAGUGCAUAAUAAUAAAAAUAAAAGAAAAUAUAAUUGCAGAUUGAAUUUUAAGAGGUUUACAAAGAGAAGGAAUAACUAUAACGAAGAUAGCAGAGACAAUAAGAUUAAUAUUAAGACUGCUUUAAUAAAAAAUGAGGUAAUAAGUGAUGAUAGUGAUGAAUUCAUUGAUAACAAUUUGAUGAGGACAUGUCACAGAUUUAAAUUAUAUAAGAAUAGUAGCAAUAAGAUAGAUAUUUACUAUCCCUAUGACAAAAAGAAACUAGAUAAGUAUGACUAUGAAAGAGAUCAGACCUUCUGUUCAUUAACUGAUAUUGAAGAUGUUGUGAACAAUGGGGAUGAUAAAAGCAAUAAAUUUUUUUAUUAUAAAAAUAAAAGUUUAAAUGAUUAUAAGUCCUGCUUUGAAAAGAAAAACAAAAAGAAAAAAUGGUUUCGAUUAAGAAAGAAAAAAAAAAAGGAUUAUGUAAUGGAUGAAAGCUUGAAGUACCUAAACGAUUCUGUGUGUUCGAAUUAUAUAGAAGCGAAUAAGAAGAAUAAACUGGACAAUGCUUCGAAGCACAAGAAAAACUGCGUUAUAAACACGACCGUUAAUGGACUAAGAGGGUUUUCAGCCUGGAUCUUUUAA